AUGCGCGCGCCCGCGCCGCGCAUGACGGCCAUCAAUGUUGGCGACGUCGGCACCACGCGCCCGCUCGGCGUGUACGAUCCGCUUGGCCUGAUGACAAAGAUGCCGGAGAAGUACCGCCGCUGGCAGGAGAUGGAGAUCAAGCACGGGCGGAUCGCGAUGGCGGCGGUGACGCACGUGCUUGUCACGGCCAACUUCAAGUGGGACGGCUACUGCUCGUACCUCUCCUUCCCGCCCCUCAAGUUUGAGGAUAUCCCCGCCGGCACGCUCGGCUCAUGGGCGGCGCUGCCGCAGGCCGGCUGGGCCCAGAUCGUGGCGAUCGUGGCCAUCCUGGACAACUCGCUCUUUGCGCAGGACCCGAACCUCGAGCCCGGCGACGUGGUCGGCGACCGCAUCCCGUGGGUGCGCUACGACGACCCGGAGGUGAAGUUCUUCAAGCUCAACGCCGAGCGCAACAACGGCCGCGCCGCGAUGAUGGGCAUCAUCGGCAUGAUGAUCCACGAGUCGCUGACGGGCAACCCGGUGUGGCCGCUCCCGUACGAGGCGUGA